CAUGCACCUGAGUGUCGGUGGAUUAGCACGUAUAUAUCCAUCCAGGUCCUUUCGCGCCCGUUCCUUUACAACAUCACAUGCAAGCCGCUCUACUACCUUCCAUGCCGAACAUGUCCGAACGCUAAAUGAAAGCACAAAAGCGCUAGUCAGCUUCUCAGCAGAAAAUCACAAUCCUAAUCCUUAUGGACCAUUGAAUAGUAUUACAAUUGCAAUCAAGGAUAACAUAUGCACUACCAACUUACCAACAACAUGCUCGUCAGGCAUGCUUCGCCACUUCACUUCGCCAUUUGACGCGACGGCGGUGGAACUUCUAAAGGCGGGGGGUGCAAAUAUCAUUGGGAAGGCUAACUGCGAUGAAUUCGGAAUGGGGUCUCUGAAUGUGAACAGUAUCCACGGUCCCGUGGUAAAUCCGUAUCAGUCUCCAAAUGAGAAAUCUAUACCUUGGGUCGAGCGUGAACGAAGAUCAGCGGGUGGAAGCUCCGGUGGAAGCGCGGCAGCUGUUGCAGCCGGUAUGUGUGACGCUGCACUAGGUACAGAUACAGGUGGUUCUGUUCGUCUUCCCGCAUCGUACUGCGGUAUCACGGGUUUGAAACCCUCAUAUGGCCUCAUCAGCAGAUGGGGCGUGGUUUCUUUUGCUGAUAGCCUUGACUGCGUUGGUGUGCUUGGCAAGUCCGUCAACACAGUAAAGACCGUAUUCGACUCGAUAUCGUCAUAUGAUCCAAAAGAUCCAACGGCAGCGACACCUCACAUUAGAGAGAGGGCCCGAUCUUCAGGCGAAGCGUUGUUGUCGACUCUGGAUGCGGACUCGUCUGAUCCUGACCUCUCGGGACUUCGGAUUGGAAUUCCACAAGAAUACUUCCCUGCUGAGCUCGACACUACCAUUUCGACUGCGGUUCGCAAAGUUCUCGAGCGAUUGUCGUCCCUUGGGGCUCAAUUGAUCCCUGUAUCUCUUCCUUCGACACCGUAUGCAUUGAGUGCAUACUACGUCAUAGCAAGCGCGGAAGCAUCCAGCAAUUUAGCGCGAUAUGACGGGGUUCAAUAUGGUACCCGUUCACCUCUGCUCCCUGGCGCGGAUAAAUCCAAACCAGGCAAUGUGUAUGCACAUACACGCUCAGCAGGUUUUGGAACGGAAGUGCAGAAACGCAUACUCCUUGGCACUUAUGCACUCACAGCUGACGCCUUUGACAACUACUUUCUUCAAGCCCAGCGCAUCCGCCAGCGAAUCAAGACAGACUUCGAUUCUGCUUUCCGCGUCCCCAAUGCUCAACUAUCCAAAUCCUCGCCAAAUCCCGAUGGUGUAGACAUUUUCUUGCAUCCGUCUGCGAUUAGAACUGCACCUCGACUAGACUCGGACGCGGCCUCCGGUUUGGGCCCAUAUUUGCAGGACGUCAUGACUGUUCCCGCUUCUCUGGCCGGCUUGCCAGCGUUGAGUGUCCCUGCUGGGUUAGCUGCCGACGGUUGGCCUGUCGGUGUCAGCGUCGUUGGACAGUGGGGUUCUGACGAACUCGUGAUGCGCGUUGGGAAGGUGAUCGAGCGGAUACCAGACGAAGAUGAUGAUUUUGGGCCAAUGACUGAUUUACUUUACGUGCGAACGGUUAUCGCUGCUCAUGAGGUUCAUGACUGAGAUUCAUACACGCGC